CGCAACUCGAGCGGGUGGGGGCGGUCCGCGGGGUCAACCUGGGAACGCAGUGCUGUCUGGGGCAUAGGCCACUGCGUAGACCGCAUGCGAGAUAUACACCUAGCGCUCUGGGUUCCUGUUUGAUCGUUUCCCGUCUUUAUUUGCCCACAAAUUUAUUCUAUUGAAUAAGAUCGCCUUGCGCCGAGUGUGGGGUGAGAUCUGGCCAUUGGCUUGGAGCUGCUGGCCAUGGAACGCCAGGCAAUCCUGGGCCAGGCCGAGGUGCGCGGCCACCGCAUCAGCUCCAAGAAAUUGGGCUUGCUGAUGGCGGCAGGUAUUGUCGUGCUGACGAUCUGCAUCGUGACGCCCGUGGUGCUUAUCAAGCCGAGUGGGAGUGUGCCAGCCGAUGACUUUGCGGGCCAGGUGGUGGCCUCUCAGGCGGCGUACACCCACUUGGAUUAUCUCGCCCAGACGGCAGCGAUCAACGGCAGCAACAGUCGCUCCAUUGCUACCAACUACAUUUACAGUAUUGGAUAUGUGCAGCAAGCUAUCGAGGCCGCUGGCGGUGCGGCGCGCUUUAAUGCUACUGUGGACUACUUUGUGAGCCCUUACUGGCGCUUGCUGAACGAGAGCGCGAGUGCGAGUAUCUUGACCAUUGGCAAUACCUACAGCUUCACCAAUGGAUACGAUUUUCGUGUCCUGCGUUACAGCGGUGCAGGCAAUCCUACCAGCACCAUCACGCAUGUCAAGGAUAGCUGUACCGCAGCCGACUACACAGCUGCCAACGGCACCAUUGUCUUGCUCCAGGCCGUGAGUGGCCUAGCUGACUGUGACCUCUACACCCGGGCCAUGCUUGCCGAGGCAGCCGGCGCCGUGGGUCUGAUUGCGUAUGCCACAAAGGCGAGCGACGGCAUUCUUUGGCCGCGCGUGCGUGCCAGCGACUGGGAUGUUAGCAUGCCCUUCACCACGCUGCCCAGCGUGGGUGUCACCUCCACGGUCGCUCAGAUCCUGCUGGAUACCACCGAGGCCGUCACCCUUUUCGUGGCGGCUAUGAGCACGCAUGUUCCGAGCGCCAAUCUUAUUGUCGAUACGUUGGAUGGUGACCCGGCCAACACACUGGUUGUUGGUGCGCAUUUGGACAGCGUCGAUGCCGGACCCGGCGUGAAUGACAACGGAUCCGGCUCCGCUGCAGUGUUGGCCAUGGUGAGCGUUAUGGGCGCCAAGAACAUGAAGCCCCGCAACCGCAUUCGCUUUUGCUGGUGGGGCGCCGAGGAAGAAGGCCUGAUUGGCUCUCGCAGCUACCUGCGCAAGCUCAACGCGACGGACCCAGCGGAGUUUCAACGCCUCAAGGCCAAUCUCAACUUUGACAUGCUGGCCAGCCCCAAUGCGGUGCACCUUGUAUACGAUGGCAUGACUGCACCUCCCAGCAGCAGGGCCGGCUCUGUCCAACUUCAAAAACUAUUUGAGACAUUUUUCAACCGCAGCCAGGUCAAAUACAAGAUUCAGCCAUUCUCUACCACCGGCGGCUCCGACUAUUUCCCUUUUAUUCACAGCGGUCAGUGCUUUUGCUAUGCAGGAGUCACCGUCAAAUCCAGGCGCUGCUCACACUUGAAUGACCGCGACUUGACAGGCAUUCCAGCGGGAAGCAUUGCUACUGGUGCUGGUACAGAGAAGACGCCCAUGGAGCGGGAUACGUAUGGAGGCACUGCCAACGCAGCUUAUGACACUUGUUACCACCAGUCUUGCGAUACUCUCCAAAAUAUUAAUAAAAACGUUUAUGACGUGCAGCUGGCCGCUGCGUCCUUUGCUGUCUGGCACUUGGCUGAUUUGCCAACCCUGGGUGCACUGCGCCAAGCGUGAAACCAUCUCCUUGCCCGAUUGUGCGGCAAGCUGAAUUCCUUCUAUUGUUUGAUGUUUGAUGAGGGAGUCAUUCUCGUCUAUCUUUGCUCUCAGUUUUGCGACUUAAGCGCGCUGCUACAUGUUCGUGGCAGAAAACCAAAUUUUAAUUUUUGCCCC